CUGCGGGCAGGGGCCGCCGCGCCCAUCCCGAUGGCUGGAGGCGUCUGAGGGGCGGACGGAGGCGGCGGCGGCGGCGGGAGCGGGCGCGGGCGCGGGAGUGGAGCAGCCGCCGCGGGACCGACAGACCGAGCUUCGCCGGCGCACCUGCCCGCAGCGCCCGCGGAGCGGCCUGAGCGCGACCAUCUCCCGGAGCGGCGGCCGAGGCGGCUGAGGCGGCGGGGAGCGGGCGCGGCAGGCGGGACGCGGUGUCGAGAUCUAAGAUUCUUUGAGGUGGCUUUGAAGAGCACUAAGAUUAGAAGAUGAGUGAACUUGACCAGUUACGGCAGGAGGCCGAACAGCUUAAAAACCAGAUUAGAGAUGCUAGAAAAGCGUGUGCAGAUGCAACUCUCUCCCAGAUCACAAACAACGUCGACCCAGUGGGAAGAAUCCAGAUGCGUACCAGGAGGACGCUGAGGGGGCACUUGGCCAAAAUCUACGCCAUGCACUGGGGCACGGAUUCCAGGCUUCUAGUUAGUGCCUCACAGGAUGGUAAGCUUAUCAUCUGGGAUAGCUACACCACAAACAAGGUUCAUGCCAUCCCUCUGCGUUCCUCGUGGGUCAUGACAUGUGCAUAUGCCCCUUCUGGCAACUAUGUGGCCUGCGGUGGCCUGGAUAACAUUUGCUCCAUUUACAAUCUGAAAACUCGUGAAGGGAAUGUACGUGUGAGUCGUGAACUGGCUGGACAUACAGGUUACCUGUCCUGCUGCCGUUUUCUGGAUGACAAUCAGAUUGUUACCAGCUCUGGAGACACCACCUGUGCCCUGUGGGACAUUGAGACCGGCCAGCAGACGACCACGUUCACUGGACACACCGGCGAUGUCAUGAGCCUUUCGCUUGCUCCGGACACCAGACUGUUUGUCUCUGGUGCUUGUGAUGCUUCAGCCAAACUCUGGGACGUGCGAGAAGGGAUGUGCCGGCAGACCUUCACCGGCCACGAGUCCGACAUCAACGCCAUCUGUUUCUUUCCAAACGGCAAUGCAUUUGCCACUGGCUCGGACGACGCUACCUGCAGGCUGUUCGACCUCCGUGCGGAUCAGGAGCUCAUGACUUAUUCCCAUGACAACAUCAUCUGCGGGAUCACCUCCGUCUCCUUCUCCAAGAGCGGGCGCCUCCUCCUCGCAGGGUACGACGACUUCAACUGCAACGUCUGGGACGCCCUCAAGGCCGACAGGGCAGGGGUCUUGGCCGGGCAUGACAACCGCGUCAGCUGCCUGGGGGUGACUGACGACGGGAUGGCCGUGGCAACAGGGUCCUGGGACAGCUUCCUCAAGAUCUGGAACUAACACCAACAGCAGGUGGACGCCGCUGUGACUGGAAGACCAUUCCAACCAUGGAGCGUUACAGUGAUAGCAUUUCCAAUCCACCCCUACUAACGCGGACGCCCUGCACCCCUCAGAACUUCAAAAGGGCAAGACCUUUUCCCUUCACUUAUUGCUGAAACCAAGAGCACAAUUCCCAUUAAGAGAAGAAUCUCUGUGCUGUAAACUAAAACAAAUCGUGCAUUCCUUCCGGGACCAUUGUCUUUGUUUUUCUUUUUUUUUUUCUUUUCUUUUUUUUUUUUGUCUUGAAUGAAUUUAAAAGGAAAUACUAUAAUAAAAAUGUUAACCAGAAGGUAAACUUGAGUGUAAUUGUAAGACAGACACACUUUUUUACUAGUUUCUUUGAAUUCUAGAUCAGUGAUACUGUUUUGUGAUGUUCAUGAAAAACAAGUUGAGGACUUCAUCUUGUAAUUGAUUCUAAGUUUCAGGUUGUGUUUGUAACAGGAUUUUGCAGACAUUCAUAUUUCCUUCUUAAAAUAUAUUCCUUUCUGUUCAGUAGUUAAACAGAGAAAGAGGGUCUAGUGCAGCCUCUCUGGAAUUGUGAAUGAUGUAAAUUUAGUCCCUAGUUUUUUUACUUUUCGUCUCGUGUCACGUGAUCGUUGUGUGCACACACGGCAUAGAAGGAUGACGCUGAGAAGUCAAGGAACCGAGCACGCGCCGUGGACGAACAGUGGACACCAUCAGGCACCUUUGCGCCCCAGCCCGCCCCCUCUACCUUCUCAGUUCAGUUUUAAUCUCACCUUGGGUCUCCUUGUGAAGCUGGAGGGAAGUUCGUACAACAGCAACAGCGCGACACUACCCUGUGCCCCACCCUGACCGUCAGGAGCCUCUGUUCUCAAGCGAGGUGCCCGUCCUGUGCUUGGAUAGUCAGUCAGUUAUUUGUGUAUGAAACAAUGUACAAAUCAAUGUUUUGAAAAUAAUGAUCUCAAACUUUCUAAGUUAAAUUUUAAAAAAUUUGAUCGUUUGCCAUAUCGGGUGGGUUUACUCUUAGAAUCGCAUGCUGUAGAAAUGCUCAAAAGUGCAUAUAGGACUCAGUCCUUAGAUGUUCUCUUUCUUUUCAGAAAUAACCUCUUUAAAGCUGUAACCAUUGCUCCUCUGUGCACACGCAUCGCAUCGGAAGCCGUGCAGUCAGCGGCUCUACACACUCACCUAGCGGGAUAUUCACUGUUUUCUUUAUUCCUUUAAAAACAAGUCCUGUUCCAAACGAUUGCUGUUGGAAUUGGGGGGUGGGGCGGGGUGGUACAGGGAAUGGAGACCCCGGCUCUCCCGUGGAACCAGCCUUUUGCACCGAGGCAGACCAUUUUUCUAACACGCAGACGUCCCUGGUUUUGUGCGCGUCCAGUGUGGAGCAGUGGCGUUGGGACGGCGCGGGCCUCCUCCCCGCACCAAGCACUCCCGUAGAGGCAGCAGUGGCUUCUCCAUCCUGUGUUUGCACCAUCCUGUGUGCCCUGCACCCUGGACCCGCAGAGAGUGGGACAAGCACCCCCACCCCGCCCCCGCCCCCCUCGGCGCCCCUGUAGAGCUCUCUGCACCCUGUCCCUCACCUUUUGUAUUUAAUUUUAAAGUCAGUGUACUGCAAGGAAGCUGGAUGCAAGAUAGAUCCUAUAUUCACUGUACUGUUAUUUAAGAUGUAAUAAAGCAUUUGACAUGAGGGA